GUUUACUAUAUGCUUAGGAAGCAAACUACACUGUUAGCCACUUAGGGUUGCCAGCUGUUACUGACUGUUUUGAAAGUGAUUGAAAAAGCCAAAAGUAACGUAAACAUAUAUCAGAAUAGAAACUAGAAGUAUAUUUUGUCAUAUGUGAGAUAAAAAGUAUUGAGUGUGAACUUUUUAUGGGUCAGGGGUUUUAUGUAUUUUUUUAAGGGGCUUUAUGGGUUUUGGAAAUCAUUGUGGCUUUUUAUGAAGGGAAUGUACUGAAUAGAAUUUUUGUGUUCAGAUGCGCAAUUUUACCACCUAAUUUUCUAGGAAAUCCUUCUCAUAUCAUUUCGCGUCUUUGAAUUCAAAGUGGCAGUGCCUUGUGAGAUGCAGCAGCCUUAACCUUAACUUUAUCCCUGCUGCACAACUAUCCUCCACUCAGCCCCCCAGAUUAAUGUCCCGUGCUCCCUCUCUGAACUGCUUCUGCUGGCCUUGAUCACAUUGUGGUCAAGAUGUCCUGGAGCAAAGCAUGGUGAGAUGGUUGAGACCUUUCCAUGGCAUUUGUGGCAAGGAGAUGCGUGAUGAGUGCGAUUACUCAUGAUCUGCUUUUACUGUUUGAAAUGACAACAUCAAUUCAUUACAUUGACACAUUUUUCCUUUGUCUUUGCCAAUCUCAACCCCAAACUAAUUUCCAUAGCUAUAUUUUCUAUGUUGAAUCAAUACAAUAUAUCCUAUCUUUGUUGUCAUGAAUACAACCUGUGCCAUCUGUCUAGGGACACUGGUUCUCACCCAUCUGGCCCUGCUGAUUCAUGAAGCUUUAAUGUCCAACUGCUGGGAGACUGAAGCAGGGGACAGGAGACCACACCCCCCCCCAGACUGCUAAUCUGCACCGUAAUCUGUUUAUGGAGCCAUGCAGCAUGUAGAAUUACAUGAUAGAAAUGUAGAAAGAUGCAAAUAUGGUCAACUAAGAAAUUAAUGUUCAGUUGCUGGAUGUUUCCCAUUUGGGAAAACAAAUGCUGUAUCAUUUUAGAUUCAUCCAGAUUGACCAAUGGACUGUGAAUUUCUAAUUUGAAAGCGUGGCUUUAUGUAUAAUCCUGUUUGAGUUGUUUGUCCACAUUCUUUUAUACAUUAUCAUUAUUAUUUAAUUAGUCAAAGUCAAAACCUUGACAGCAGUUUUUUUUCCUAAGAGCAUUGAAUUCCAAAAAUGAGCAUUUUACUAUAUCCUAGGAUGGCAAUACAAUUCUAAAAGGCGACAUUAACUCUUUGAGAGAAAACCCUGGGAGUUUUGAAAUAAUCCCAGUAAUUCACAGAAAUCAUCGAAGAAAAUCAAUGCAACACAAGACAAUACUAUACAACACAAUACAACCCAAUAAUCAGUGAACACUGACAACAGUAGGAGUAGCUUGGCUGUUCUUCUGCCGCCGAUCCCCAACUGAAUCACAGGUCGGGUCAUCUGGGGUCAUCCCCACAGCCCACUCAUCAAUGGCAGCUCCACAUUGUACGGAGGUCGAGGUUCACCUCAGAACAAUGGAAAAAACACAAUAGAUUGAAAAGAGCUCCACAAGGAUAAACAGGCCAUCUCCAUGGACUAGAUAUAAGCAUAGUUAUUAUGUGUGGAGGUGGAGUAACACUGAAAAACGGUUCUUCGGUUGAUGGGGGAGUUUUAUUAGGAUGUCGUAGGUGUGUAAAGCAGCGUUUACAACGCCUUACUAUUACAACUGGGUGCAUUAGCUGUGGUGAGAGCACGGGGGUAGUAGAGCGGAAAACAAGAGUGUACCUCUGGUUAACAUUGUUUUGGAGAGGACAGAAGAGGACCACAUCCAGCACAAAUCUUUUUAUUUAGCUUGAAAUAGAUCAAGUUUCCCACGAGACCUGCCUGCUGGACCAGGUGUUGGGUCUGAUUAUAAACGAGAAGCCCUCGACCAGCGCCUCGCUCUUUCUGCACGAAGACGCCGACAGGCCCCCCCGGGCGGAGAGAGGAGGUCGCGGAGGAGGAGGAGGAGGAGGAGUAGCAGGAGGCGUGCAGAGCCGCGUGCGCAGGGCCAUGGAGAGGAGAGGCAGCCGGCUGAAGGGGAGGAUGGGCUCCGUCACCCGGGAGGGCGUGAGGAGCUUCUUCAGGAGGAACCUCUUUGUGCUGUUCACCGUGGCCGCCGUGGCACUGGGUGUGCUGCUGGGCUUCGCCCUGCGUCCCCACAACCUGUCCCUGAGGGCUGUUAAGUACUUCUCCUUCCCCGGGGAGCUGCUGAUGAGGAUGUUACAGAUGCUGGUGUUGCCUCUCAUCAUCUCCAGUCUGGUGACAGGCGUCUCCUCUCUGGACAGCCAGGCGUCGGGGAAGAUGGGCGUGCGGGCCGUGGUCUACUACACGGUCACCACCCUGAUCGCCGUCUUCAUCGGCGUCGUCAUGGUGACGAUCAUCAGGCCGGGGAAGGGCAGCCGGGACAGCCUCAUGGCGGCCGGCGGGAACACAGAGCCGGUGCAGGCUGCCGACGCCUUCCUGGACCUCAUCAGGAACAUGUUUCCACCAAACCUGGUGGAGGCCUGCUUCAAACAGUAUAAAACCGUGUACAAGAAGACGGUGAGCAUCAGGAAUGUGACUGUGGCGCUGAACCUCACUGACUCCCUCAACGUCAGCGAGUCUGCCCUCAGCGUCAACCUUAGCAGGGUCAUGCACACCAUCCAGGAGACGGUGGUGGAGACGGUGCCGGUGUCGGGCUCCUCCAACGGCGUCAACGCCCUGGGCAUGGUGGUGUUCUCCAUCUGCCUGGGCCUGGUCAUGGGCAGCAUGAAGCAGCAGGGCCAGGCGCUCAGGGACUUCUUCGACAGCCUCAACGAGGCCAUCAUGAGGCUGGUGGCCGUCAUCAUCUGGUACGCCCCGGUGGGCAUCCUGUUCCUGAUCGCGGGGAAGAUCGUGGAGAUGAAGGACCUGGUGCAGAUGGGGGGCCAGCUGGGCAUGUACACCCUCACCGUGAUCCUGGGGCUCCUGAUCCACGGCCUGGUGGUGCUGCCCCUGCUUUACUUCCUGGUGACCCGCAAGAACCCCUUCAGCUUCAUCGGGGGCCUCCUCCAGGCCCUCAUCACGGCCCUGGGCACCUCGUCCAGCUCAGCCACCCUGCCCAUCACCUUCCGCUGUCUGGAGGAGAACAACCGCGUGGACAAGCGGGUGACGCGCUUCGUCCUCCCAGUGGGGGCCACCAUCAACAUGGACGGCACCGCCCUCUACGAGGCCGUGGCGGCCAUCUUCAUCGCCCAGGUCAACAACAUGGACCUCAACUUUGGACAGAUCCUCACCAUCAGUAUCACGGCAACCGCUGCCAGCAUCGGAGCAGCAGGCAUCCCCCAGGCUGGGCUGGUUACCAUGGUGAUUGUAUUGACUUCGGUGGGGCUGCCCACAGACGACAUCACGCUCAUCAUCGCCGUGGACUGGUUCCUGGACCGUCUGAGGACCACCACCAACGUGCUGGGCGACUCCCUGGGGGCGGGCAUCGUGGAGCACCUGUCCCGCUCCGAGCUGCUGGGCCAGGACGCCGAGCGGGGCACCUCGGUCCUGGAGGAGAUCGAGAAGCCCUACCAGCUCAUCUGCCAGGAGAACGACUCGGUGAAGCUCCACAACAGCGAGACCCCCAUGUGAUCCCCCUCGCCCACGCCCAUCUGUCCGCUCCCUCUGCCGCCCCCUGCAGGAGCACGCUGGGUACUGCAGCGCGGUCAGCGCGGCCGUCUCUCCCUGUGUGGCGGGGCGUGGUGUGGGGCGACCAGAGACCUGGGCUCUGGAGGUAAAGUAUGUCUUUGUGUUCAUUGGCAAACUCAAAAGCCAAAGUAUGGGGUUCGUUCCCAAGGGUGAAAACUACAAAAGAUAACACUCACAAAGAAAUGUUGUUUGUUAUUUUGUGCUCUGCUUGCAGAGCUAAGUUCACAAAAUGUCCUUCUUCCAAUAACCAAAAGAUGAUGUUCUGAAUAAUUGCCCUUCCCACUCUGAAAUGUGUGGGAAAAAUUCAGGUUGUUAAAACAAAUUACUUUGAACUCUGGGAAAUUAUCUAAAAGGUUCAUGCCAGGACAGUUCAUUCAUUCAACCCGUUUGUUUGGUCUAUGUGUAAGUCCAUAAAUCUUUGUAAUUAAUGUAUUAAUGCAUGGUGUCUGUUAUUCAUAUACCUCCGCAUAAAACAUUGCAAUUAAUGUGUAUUGCGAUUGUUAUUAAUAUACCUCUGCAUAAAGCUUUGUAAUUCAUUUGUAUGGUGAUUGUUAUUCAUAUGUCCCCGCAUUAAGCUUUGUAAUUAAAUUGUACGGUGAAGUUAUUCAUAUACCAGACAAGAUCAUUAAUAAGAGUAAUACUGGUAUUUAAUAUUUUUUCUAAAUUCUAGCACUAUACCUUAGUGCUAAUAAAUAACCAUACAACCUUCUAUUGAACAUGUGUUUCUGCCCGAUUUGGUUGAAUUUGUUGCAUGGCCUUUUAUCGAAAUAAAAUACUCAUUCAAUCAUAUUAGCAUACACUCAAGUCCACUACCUCUAAUGUGUCUCUGAUGUGCGUUUUGGCAACGUGAUACAAAACCAAGACCCUUCGGCACAAUGUCACUAUUUACUCUUAGGUAUUAUGAAUUAACUUGAUUUAAACUAUUCUGAACCCUAUUCAGAUGCUUGUUCUUUGUCUCUGUAUUACUUGAGUGUUUGGCUGAGUUUUCUUUACUGUAUGGCUUUGUUUUGUUUUAUUUCCGGGGUUGAGGUGUACUUACCACUAACGUGGCUAUAUUUUUGGAAUAAUGUCAAAAAUCAAUUGAUUACUGAUUAUUUAUAUUGUAUUUUUUGGUUAUGUUGUUCACUGAUGUUUGAUUUGUUUUUGUUUCCAGUUCACUAUGGAAAUGGACAUUUGUUAUUUCCACCUUCUUUCUAUAUAUUUUUAAUAUUUUGAUGUUUUUAAAGAGAAAUAUUGUUUUGCUGAACUUUGUAUGGACAGACACUUGACUUUAUACUUAUAACAGUAUUUUAAAUUGGGUUUCAAUGUUUUGACUAGGAAAAUAAAUGAUAAGUGAUUGAUUUGAAUGUUUUGCGAAAUGGCUACUGUGAAAAUAGUUAGAAAAUGCUUAAUGCUGUUACUUAGUUUGUGUUAAGAUCAUAUAAAAAAAUGCAUUAUAGUGUGGAAACUAGAAUUGAAAGGCUAAAUGUCAAAAGUAAGAAAGUAUAAUCCUUGUUUCUAAGUAGGAGAAUUUUGUUUUUGAGGCUGGAUAUUAAAAUAUGUUAUUACUUUUUAAAUACUCUAUUUUGAUGGGCAUCUUAAAUGUAUUUGCUUUGAUGUAACUAAUAAAGGUCUCAGGAAUGGACAUAUCAUUA